AAUAAUAUUUAUAUAAAAAUGGGAAAUAAGCCACCGAAGAAAACCCCUCAGGAAAUAGCGAAGGAAAACAAGAGAGUUAUCGACAGGUCAUGCAGACACCUCGAAAGGGAGAGAAAGAAGAUGGAAAGAGAGGAAGGAAAGAUCCUCACUGACAUAAAGAAACUUGCGACCAAAGGUCUGCAUGGUCCAGCCAAGAUUAGAGCUAAAGACCUGGCCAGACUUAGAAACCAAGUCAGUCAGCUAUAUGUCCUUGGAUCUCAGCUGAAAGGAAUCAACAUGCAGCUUGCCAGCGUCUCUGGGAAUGCAGCUGUGAUGGAAGCCCUUCAAAAAUCAACUGAAGCUAUUGUUGCCGUAGAAGGCUCGAUGAGCGUUAAGGAUAUUAUGAACAUGCUGAAGGAUUAUUCGAAGGAAUCUGAGAAAUUGGGCAUGAAGCAGGAGAUGAUGGGAGAUGCCAUGGAAGAUGUCCUUGAUACAGGUGAUGUAGACACAGAAGCAGACAAAAUUUAUGGCCAAAUUUGUGACGAUAUUAAUGUUGAUUAUGAGAACGAUGCUGGGCCUAUAGCUAUGGGAGCCCUUGGUGCUGGAGGAAUGAAAUCAAACAAUGUUGAGAACAAGAAUUUGUAG